GAGAGAAAUCGUUUGAGCCGGAAAACUGGAUCCAGAGAAUACUCCAGGGAUCAACGUGGACCUAGCUUCCCUCACCUGGACAAUAAAACUAUUUCAAUAAACUUCAAAAAGGACACAUUAGACUUCAUUAGAAAUGCUAAGAUUGCCCAAGAAAGGAUUAAAUAGAUUGGAUCAAGUUCAAGAUGAAGAAACCUACCUGGAAAAUUUAGCAGUACAAAGAAAUGCAUCUGCUUUUUUUGAAAAAUAUGAUCGGAGUGAAGUACAGGAGUUGCUUACUACUGCACUAGUUAGCUGGUUGUCUACCAAAGAGGAUGUUCGAUCUCAAAUAGACAUUCCAUGUGGAAUUAUGAGUCAAAUAAAUAAUGUAGGCUUCUCUACUGCAAUCCUACUGACUCCCAUGGACCCUACUGCUCUCUUAGACUACAGAGAAGUCCAUCAGAUCAUAAGGGAGUUGUCUAUUGGAAUUUAUUGCUUAAAUCAAAUUCCUUCAAUUAGUUUAGAAGCUAAUUAUGAUCAGAGUUCUUCUUGUCAAUUACCUCCAGCUUAUUUUGAUACCAGAAUUGGGCAAAUUUUGAUCAAUAUUGACUACAUGCUAAAAGCACUAUGGCAUGGAAUUUACAUGCCCAAAGAAAAACGAGCCAGAUUCUCUGAAUUGUGGCGUACCAUCCUGGACAUUGACCCAGAUGGGAAGCCUCAAACCAAUAAGAGCAUUUUUGCAGAAUUUAGUUCAGCAGGUUUGAUUGAUAUUACAAAGGAUCCAGACUUUGAAGGAAUAUAUGAUGAAGACAUGAAUGAAGACCCAACGUAUAAUCCAAAUAGCCCUGAAGAAAAAGCUGUAUUUAUGAAAUAUGCUGAAAACAUUCUGCUAAAGUUGACGUUUAGUACCACACAAGUUCAACAGUAUGAAAAUGUCUUUAUAUUUGAAACAGCCUAUUGGCUUACUAAUGCUAUAAAAUAUAAUCAGGAUUAUCUUGAUAUCUGUACCUACCAGAGACUACAGCAAAGAUUAUAUCUUCAAAAAAAAGUUAUUCAAAAACACUUAGAGAAGAAACAGGAUAUUAGAAGAGGGAUGGGAUACCUAAAGUUAAUAUGUUUUCUGACCCCCUUUCUACUGAGCUUAAAAAAGAAGAUGAAAGUUCCAUAUUUAAAUUCUCUGCUUCAACCUUUUUCAGAUGACAAGGUCAAGACAGAGCGAGAAUUGCCCCCAUUUAUUUUUGGACGAGAUUUUAAAUGCCAGAAUUUCCACUACAACGAGAAUCAAUAUUUCCAUGUUCACGGAGGAAUUGAAUUUGAUAUCAGCACCCCGCCAAUUGAGAAUGCUUUGGAAGAUUUUCAGAACAAUUUAGAAAAAAUACGGGAUUGUGCUGCUAAUACUUUUGUAGAAGAUUCAGGAUACAAAGGAUAUUACUCAAUACCAGUCAUGGAAUUUCAUGGAAAAAGCUACUAUGUGAUCUGUUUUGAACUUGAAACUUUCUAUCAGCAACUAUAUAAGACACAGUGGUGGGGAGCCAUAAAUGAAAUUGUGAACAAUCUGAGACCAAAAAGACUUCCACUGACUGAUGCUCAAUUACAUGAACAAUUUAAGAAAAAAUUUGGUUUCAAAAAAGCUAUGAAAUGCAAGAGUAUUCCAUUUGGUAUGAAGUCUGCUGUUGAAAGAGGGUUAGCUGCUGUUUUCCACACAUUUAGCCGUAAAACUUCAAGUUCGACGAUCAAUGUUUCAGAUGAAGGAGGUUAUGCUAUUUUCCAUCAUGCUGCUCUACACAACAGAGUUGCUAUUAUAUGUCAACUCUGCAAUGCUAACUUUAAUGUCAACCAGAGACGCUUUAUUAUGUUCACCCAAGGUCCAACACCUUUACACCUGGCUGCACAGGCUUGCUCACUAGAAGCAACUAUCUGUCUACUCUGUUUCAAGGCAGAUUAUACACUCUCUGAAAAAAGAGGCUGGAUGCCGAUUCACUUUGCAGCUUUCUAUGACAAUAUCUGCAUCAUCAUUGCUCUCUGCAGGAAGGAUCCUAGUUUGCUAGAAGCUGAAGCAACAGCUGAGAAUCAGUGUACUCCACUGUUACUUGCUGCCACUUCAGGAGCAUUGGACACUAUCCAGUACUUAUUUUCUCUUGGUGCUAACUGGAGAAAAACAGAUAUUAAAGGAAAUAAUAUAAUUCACUUAUCAGUGCUAACCUUUCACACAGAGGUUCUUAAGCAUAUAAUAGAGUUAAAUAUUCCUGAACUCCCAGUUUGGAAAACUUUGGUAGAAAUGUUGCAGUGUGAAAGCUAUAAACGAAGGAUGAUGGCUGUAAUGUCCUUAGAAGUAAUUUGCUUAGCAAAUGAUCAAUACUGGAAAUGUAUUUUGGAUGCAGGCACCAUUCCUGCCUUAAUCAACCUAUUAAAAUGCCCCAAAAUAAAAUUACAGUGCAAAGCAGUUGGGUUAUUGAGUAAUAUCUCAACCCAUGUACCUGUAGUUCAUGCUUUGGUAGAAGCAGAAGGCAUUCCAGCUCUGAUCAACCUACUGGUUUCUGAAGAACCUGAACUACACUCUCGCUGUGCUGUCAUUCUAUAUGAUAUUGCUCAACUUGGAAACAAGGAUGUUAUUGCCAAAUAUAAUGGAAUUCCAGCUCUGAUAAAUCUCUUGCAGUUAAACAUAGAAUGUGUGCUAGUAAAUGUAAUGAACUGUAUACGGGUAUUAUGUAUAAGAAAUGAAGACAAUCAAAGAGCAGUGAGAGAUCAUAAAGGAAUCAAAUAUCUUAUCACAUUUCUGAGUUCGGAUUCAGAUGUGUUGAAGGCUGUAUCUUCUGCUACAAUUGCUGAAGUUGCACGUGACAACACAGGGGUGCAGGAUGCCCUCGCUAUGGAAGGAGUAAUUCCUCCUCUGGUGGCUCUAUUUAAAGGGAAGCAGCUGAGUGUCCAAGUGAAGGGUGCAAUGGCUGUGGAGUCACUGGCAAGUCACAACCCUGCUAUACAGAAAGCAUUUCUGGAAAAGUCAUUAACUAAAUAUCUUUUAAAACUCCUGAAGGCAUUUAAAAUAGAUGUUAAGGAACAAGGAGCUGUAGCACUUUGGGCCUUGGCAGGACAAACACUGAAACAACAAAAGUAUAUGGCAGAACAGAUUGGAUACAACUUUAUAAUAAACAUGCUAUUGUCACCAUCAGCUAAAAUGCAGUAUGUUGGAGGUGAAGCAGUCAUAGCUCUAAGUAAGGACAGCAGAAUGCAUCAAAAUCAAAUAUGUGAAGGGAAUGGAAUUGCACCUUUGGUUCGCUUACUAAGAAUUACUAAGAUAGCUGAAGGCACACUUCUGAGUGUCAUCAGAGCAGUGGGAUCCAUUUGUAUUGGUGUCGCCCACACAAGCAAUCCCAUUAGUCAACAUUAUGUUGUAGAGGAAAAUGCCUUUCCAGUACUUAUUCAACUACUCAGAAAUCACCCUUCAGCCAACAUUAAGGUUGAAGUGGCAUUUUCCUUGGCAUGCAUUGUCCUAAGAAAUGAUCUGUUACAGAAUGAAUUACAAGAAACUGAAGGUUUUAAGUACGAUGAUGUUCUUUAUCUUCUUCACUCACCUGAUAAGGACAUUUGUUUAAGAGCAGGCUAUGCGUUAACCCUUUUUGCCUUCAAUAAUCGUUUUCAACAAUACUUAAUACUGGAAAGUGGAACAAUGACAAUAUCUAUUUUUGAACCUUUUCUUGAAUCAACAAUUGAAACUGAGAAGGCAAUGGCAGCAUUUCAGAUUAUUGUAUUAGCUAAAGUCAUUAUAGAUGUGGACCACAUUGCUUUGUCUGCAAGAGGUGUUAAUAUUUUAGUUGAUAGUCUAUAUUCAGAUCAGGCCAGUACUACUGUCUUGACAGGGAAUUUAAUAGCCAGCCUGGCUCAUUCUAGAGCUGGUAUUCCAGAAGCAUUUACCACAUUAGGGACAAUCCAACGGCUGUGCUAUCAUUUGUACUCUGAAAAAGAAGAGGUUCGUUCAGCUUGCUCCUGUGCUCUUGGCUACUUAACUUACAACGCAAAUGCUUUCCGAAUCCUAUUAAAGGAAUGCAGGAACAAGCCUAAUCAGUUCAUUCGUAUAAGAAAUAACAUCAGCAGAGAUGCAAGUAUUAACCCUGCAUUUUUAAAGGAAUUUGAGAUGCAACAGAAAGUGGGACUUCCUUCCUUAAGUCUGGAGAAAAAUGGAGGACCAUCUAUAAUUCCUGUCUUUAAAAAAGGAAAAGAACACCAAAGAAAAUCAAAACCUAAAAUUCAACCAAAAGAUUCUUUGACUUUAAUACCACCUGUAACUAACUUCAUGGGACUCUUCAGAACAACAGAAAAGACCAUUGCUUCUCAUAAUAUUUUUUAUUUUUCAUCUUCGUCAUCAUCAGAUAUUAUAAAAGUUUCAAGACCAAGAAUAGUGGUUUUGAGCCAACUUGGGAAACAUGUACAGAAGGGAAACUCGGAGCCUCCAGAAGGCUUAUAAAAGCAUUUCAUAUGAAAGGAUUCCUGAGCAGUCUUUUUAAAUGGAAGCUCUUGAUAUUGAUACUAAACAGAUUUUCCUUAGCAUGUCUACUGGAAUUUAACAUUGGUCAGGAUUAUGGUUUCAAAAACUAAGUAGAAUUUUCUAUAAUAGAAUGACUACACUUAAAUCUUCUAAAAUUUAUUAACUGACAUGGGUGGUAUAACUAAACCACUGUGCCACCAGGGCUCCUAAAAUAUAUAUGUAAAAAUGGUCUGAGAGUGGUAUCUGACCUCCUCCAAGCCCACAAGGGGGAAGGAGAACCAGGAUCAACAACCCAAGGCUGAUUCCUAUGAGGUGAAGGCCAGACAAGCCUCCUCUCUCCACCAUCUUUACUAAGUCUGACACCAACCAUCCCUCCCACAGCACUCUCUACUGGGUUUGAUGAUUCAUUGCAACAGUCACACAGAACUCAGACCAUGUUUACAAUUAUGGGGUUUACUAGGGAAAUAUCAGUUACUAUUCAGACUUAGAAACACUCAGGAUACAGUUCUUCCAUCAUGACAGCCUCUCCUCUGCUGUGUGCACAGGCACGUCACUCCCUGGCCCUUUGCUUGGCCCCAAGACACUCGGCUUUCUCUCUCCGUGGGCCAGGAAGCCUACUGUGCCAUCUCUCGCUGCUGGGUCUCUCCUGCCACCACUUCUCACCAUCUUCAGAGUUGCAUCUUGCUUGCUUUCUCUCUUUCUUUCUCUCUGGGUCUCUUGUUUCUAGGCGCUUCCCAGUGCAGGGAUCCUAGGUCCAAAGGAUGCACUCUCCAUUCUUGGCUGUUCCUCCUCUGGAAUUGGCUCUCUCUUAAGGCAAUACUGACCAGUCCUCCUGGUAGGCCACAAUUACCCUAUCAUAUAGUCCCACCCAAUCACCUGCGUGAGAAUUACAAGGCCAUGGCUAGAAAGGCCACACGCGAAAGUAAUUAAACAAUAUACGUGUGUGUGUGUGUGAGCCUCAAGUGUUAGUAAAACUUUAAAAUUGGUAUGCUGCGCUAAAGAGGUCUGAUUCACUUUAACACUCACUGUAAUGCCUGUUGUUAUUGUUAGGUGCCAUUGAGUCAGUUCCUACUUAUAGCAACUCUGUGUACAACAGAAUGAAACACUGCCUGAUCCUGCGCCAUCCUCACAAUUGUCAUGCUUGAGGUCACUGUUAUGGGCACUGUGUCAAUCCAUCUCAUUUUUCCUCUGACCCUCUAUCUUACCAAGCAUAAUGUCCUUCUCCAGGGACUGAUCGCUCCUGAUUACAUGUCCAAAGUACAAGAAACAAAGUCUUGCUAUCCUUGCUUCUAAGGAGCAUUCUGGCAGUACUUCUUUCAAGAAAGAUUUGUUCAUUCUUCUGGCAGUCCAUGGUAUAUUCAAUAUUCUUCAGCAACACCAUAGUUCAAAGGCGUCAGUCAAUUCUACGGUCUUCCUUACUCUUUGUCCAGCUUUUGCAUGCAUAUG